CAUAGUUUGGGGACUCCUGGAAGGUGAUACCCACUGAGCUUAUGUUGCUUUCCUGAAAUGCUGCCCUCCAGGGUUUGGAGAGGUUUCGAGAGAGGGUGCUGGAUAGUAGGCCAAGCCGGGUGGUGGGAAGUCACAGGUUGCAGGUCACAGGGCAGCCACUGUAGUAUCAGUAUUGGCAGGUAACACUCCUCUUGGCUCACUGAGCCACCUACCCUCUUGUCCCCACAGCGGCUUCUUCUCUCUCUCCAGCUUGUUUUCCAAACAAUUUGCUUAAUGCAAUUCCCGACCAAGUUGAACAUGACUAAUGGUGUUUACCCACCGCCGUCGGGCAGCCGGGCUGGGGAUAGCUGGAGGAAGGAAUGCCCGAAUGUGCCCACUCGUGACAUCCUCCUCUCUUGCAGAGACCCAGGUGGGCUGGUGCCUGGCCUGAAGCUGGCAGCAUGGAGCCCCUCUUCCCAGCUCCCACACUCAGCUGGAAUGCCUCAGCCGCUUCCAGUAGUAACCAGAACUGGUCACUGGUGAGCCCAGUAUCAUCGAUGGGAGCCCGGGCCGUACUAGUGCCUGUGCUCUACUUGCUGGUGUGUACGGUAGGGCUGGGUGGAAAUACACUGGUCAUCUAUGUGGUGCUGCGGCAUGCCAAGAUGAAGACAGUCACGAAUGUGUACAUCCUCAACCUGGCUGUGGCUGACGUACUGCUUAUGCUGGGGCUUCCCUUCCUGGCUACACAGAACGCCGUCUCCUACUGGCCCUUUGGCCCCUUCCUGUGCCGCCUGGUUAUGACGCUGGAUGGCAUCAACCAGUUCACCAGCGUCUUCUGCCUGAUGGUCAUGAGUGUUGACCGCUACCUGGCUGUGGUCCACCCUCUCCGCUCAGCCCGGUGGCGUCGCCCACGGGUCGCCAAGCUGGCCAGCGCUGCUGUCUGGGUCUUCUCACUGCUCAUGUCUCUGCCACUCUUGGUCUUCGCAGAUGUCCAGGAGGGCUGGGGCACCUGCAACCUAAGCUGGCCGGAGCCCGUGGAACUGUGGGGCGCGGCCUUCAUCACCUACACAUCUGUCCUGGGCUUCUUUGGGCCCCUGCUGGUCAUCUGUUUGUGCUACCUGCUCAUUGUGGUGAAGGUGAAGGCUGCAGGUGUGCGUGUAGGCUCCUCUCGGCGACGGCGCUCAGAGCGCAAGGUGACUCGCAUGGUGGUGGUGGUGGUGCUGGUGUUCGUGGGCUGCUGGCUGCCUUUCUUCAUUGUCAACAUUGUCAACCUGGCCUUUACACUACCAGAGGAACCGGCCUCUGCUGGCCUCUACUUCUUCGUGGUGGUCCUGUCUUACGCCAACAGCUGUGCCAAUCCCCUGCUCUAUGGCUUCCUCUCUGAUAACUUCCGCCAGAGCUUCCGGAAGGUUCUGUGCCUACGUAGAGGAUAUGGUAUGGAGGAUGCAGAUGCCAUAGAGCCACGUCCAGACAAGAGUGGACGGCCACAGGCCACACUGCCCACACGCAGCUGUGAGGCCAAUGGACUCAUGCAGACCAGCAGGCUUUGAGUCCCAGCAGCACCCGGGUCCUGCUGAUGUCUUCUGGGAUGUGGGUGUGCUGAGAUGCUCUUGUCCCCAGGUCUGCAAGUUGGACUCCCCUCGGCGGCAGUGUGAAGAGAGCUGCCUGGGGCUAAGCUAUGGGUAGACACAGCUGGUGCCCUGUGGUGACUGACCAUCUCUUUCACCAAAAUGUUCUGCCAGGCCAGGGUCUGAGAGUUUGGAGAUCAUGAGACUGGCUUGGCAGGGAGGAAGGGCUGGAUAUUGCCCUCCCCCAGGAAAUAUUCAGGCACCUUCACCCCCUUGUCAGCCCCUCAGGCCGAGAAGCGAUUUCCCAGGAGGAAGCCAGGAGAUACUGUUGGUUUGUGCUGGCGCCUGCCUGCCCUGAAACUGUUCUGGGCCCUCAAUCACUGCUGCAUCCGUGUUCUGGUCCUCAUGGCAGCCAAAUGAAAAGCACUGGUGUGUGCUUGGCCCUGGCCUCUGCUCACAGUCCUAGGCCUCUGUCAUCUUGCAGCUGCAUGUACUUUGAGGCAAUAGAAGAAGCCGCUGGACUGGUCCUGGGACAGAGACAAAAACCCUACUCUGGGGCGCUCCUCUGGCCUUCCCCGUCUCUCUCCAGCAUGAAGAAACUGAGGCCUUGGCUUCCACAGUGGGGUGGCUGUGUCGGGCAGACGCACAGUGAAGAGUGAGAAGAGGAAUAGACUCUCCAGGAUCCGGUCUAUUCAGAGUGGCCCGGUAAGGAUGGCCCUGGGGAAAGACUCUACAGAGGCAUCCCUGAGGUUCAGAGGUUGGGGACACACUGGGGACUUAAUAGCCCUCCUUCUCCUUAAGACCAGGACUCUGUUCUUGGAGAGGGGGCAAAGUGAGCAGGUAUCAGGCAGGAACUGCUCCCAGAGCAAACAGCACAUCCUGGAAAGACCUACCAUGUGAGAGUGUGCAAAUGCCAGCGCCAGAGAGGGCUGAGUCCCUGAGGACCCUGUGAUCCCUCUCAGCCUCCAGCAGCUUCUCUACUCCUGACUCAGAGUGUGCACAAAGAGCCGCAUGUCCACAGCUUGCUGGGGUCCCCAGUGCACCCUUAGGCCUUUCUGAAGCUGGAGAAAGAAGUUAAUCCCAUUAUCCCCCUGCUCUGGCAGCCCUGCCUGGCCAUGCCUGGCUCCCUAGGAGAGUUCAGAUGCCAGGCCAGCAGGACUGGGCAGAGGAAGGCUGUGGGAAGGGGCCGGGUCUCAAAUAUGACCCCUCCCUAGACAGAUGCCAAGCCUAGAAGCUCAUCCCUCAUAAUGAGGGUACUUGUGUCUGACAACCUGCCCCUGAAUAAAUUAGAAAAUAAA